CAGUAGCGUUGCGUAUGGGAUAAAGAGAUCCAGUUUUUUUUUUUAAAGACAAGUGAAAGUAAAAAGUCUCAGAGUCAGGAUCAGGAUCAGGACCGGAGAAGACGCAGUGUCCCCUGGAAGAGACAAGCAUGGAUUAUCAAAGACUCGACACGGAAGACAAUGAACUCAGGAUUGCACUGGUUGGAAAAACUGGAGUUGGGAAGAGUGCAGCAGGGAACACCAUCUUAGGAAAACCAGUUUUCCAAUCCAGGCCAUCUUUCUCCUCUGUGACUCAGAAGUGUAAGAAGAAAUCAGGAGAGAUUGCUGGUUUAACUCUGACUGUUAUUGAUACUCCAGGUCUGUAUGAUACCAACAAAAAAAAAGAAGAGGUGGUGAAAGAGAUCGGUAAAAGUAUCUCAUUCUGUGCUCCUGGUCCUCAUGUGUUCCUGGUUGUAAUCCAAGCGACCAGAUUCACAAAAGAAGAGGAAGAAACUGUGCACAUCCUUCAGAAGAUGUUUGGUGAAAAGGCCAAACUGUACAUGAUGGCACUGAUCACCCAUGUGGACCAAGUGAAGGACGGUGGAUUUUCCAUGGCUGAUUUAAUCAACGAGAGCAAACCUCUCAGGGAGUUCAUCCAACAGUGUAAGGGAGGAUACCAUGAGUUUAACAACAAAGACAACAGUCUGUAUCAGGUCAGUGAACUGGUGAGGAAGAUUAACGCCAUGGUUCGCAACAAUGGAGGAAACUUCUACUCCAGUGAGAUGUUUGAAGAGGCUGAGAAGGCCAUAAGAGAAGAAACGGAACGUUUGAUGAGAAUUGAAAACAUGACUCGCAGGCAAGCAAGAGCCACAGCAGAGGAGGACAAUCCCUUCAUCUGGAAGCUGGUGAAGGCCUUUUCUGCUGGACUUAUUGCUGGAGCUGUUGUUGGAGCCGGAACUGGAGCUGCUGUUGGAGGAGUGGGAGCUGCACCGGGAGCUAUGAUUGGCGCUGCAGUAGGAGCUAUAGGUGGACUUGUGAUAGUCACCAAGGACAAAUGGUCCAACCUCAGCACCGACCUGCGGGUGGUGCUGGUGGGUCAGGAGAGAGUCGGCAAGAGUUCAACCGGAAACACCAUCCUGGGCAGUAAAGUGUUUGAGAACCGCUUCACCACCAGACCUCUGACGAUCCACAGUGAGAAGAGUGAGGCCAAUAUCAUGGGUUGCCGAGUGACGGUGGUGGACACCCCAGGUCUCUUUAGCUCUCAGCUGUCUGAAGAGGACUUGAAGACUGAGCUGGAGAAAGCGCUGACGCUCAGUAGCCCUGGUCCUCACGCCUUCCUCCUCACCAUCCAGCUGGGGAGGUUCACUGAGCAGGAGCAGCAGGGGCUUCAGAGGCUGCAGAAGAUACUGGGUCCUGGUGUCUCCAAACACAUCGUGCUGCUGUUCACCUACGGGGACCGGCUGGAAGACAUGGACAUCUCGGAGUUUGUAAGAGAGGACCAGAACCUGUGUAAGCUGCUCGACAAGUGCAGUGGCCAGUACCAAGUGUUCAACAACAAGGAGGUGGACAACAGGGAUCAGGUCACAGAGCUGCUGAAGAAAGUAGAGGAGGUCUCCCAGAGGGGGUGCUGUUUUUACCAGAAGACGUCUCAUUUUGAUUUGUUUAACAAAUUUGUUGCUGGGUGUGGUGGCACAUAUGACUUCAUAACUACAUGGAUUGAGUGAAACAAAGCUGGAUGAGGAGGAGCCAAGGCCUUACUGGUCUUCUACUGGACUUUAACUGCUUCUACUGGACUUAAUCUGCUUCUACUGGACUUAAUCUGCUUCUACUGGACUUAAACUGCGUCUACUGGACUUAAACGGCUUCUACUGGACUAAAACUGCUUCUACUGGACUUGAACUGCUUCUUCUGGACUUGAACUGCCUCUGCCGCUUGUACUUGUCCAGAUACAUAAAGUCAAAGUUCCUAAUUGAUCAUCGAUUGAGUUAUUGAUCCACAAACUAUAGGUUUUACUGUGUUUGUCUCAUAAACAGCUGAUUACCUAAGGAUCA